AUGGCUUUGCCGCGGGUGCUCGCCAUCCUCCUCUUGGCUCCUCUGGGGUUUGUGGUCGAGGCCAGCCAAGGGCAGACGACGGUGCCUGGCAGAGGGAAAGCCGCCAAAGAGAAAGCGCCUGUUUACCACCACGGCAAGAGUGCGGCUCUUCCGUCCUCUCCGUGGAGCAGAGCGGCGGAGGAGAGCAGCUUCUUGGCACAGAGGCUCACCCAGGAGGUGCCCCCGCACGUCGUGUCUUUUCUCUACACCGGCGAUUCCCGGGCCCUGAGGCGGGCCAACUGCUCCGGGAGGUACGAGCUGGCGAGCUUGGCCGGGAAGCCUCGCCUGGCUUCACACCCAUCGCUGCACGGUGCCCUGGACACCCUCGUCCAUGCGACCAACUUUCUCAAUACCGUCCUACAGAGCAAUAAAUCCCGGGAGCAGAACUUGCAGGAAGACAUUGAGUGGUACCAAGUGUUGAUCCGCAGCCUGCUGGAGGGGGAUCCCAGCAUCUCCCGGGCGGCCAUAACUUUCAACCUGGAGCCCUUGUCCUCUGCCCCCCAGGUCUUCCUCCAAGCCAGCCGGCAGGACAGCCAAAUCUUGCUGCAGGACUUGUCUUCCGUGGCUCACUUCCUGGCCAACUCCUCCUCCAGUGAAGCAGAGUGGUUCCACAGCCUGAAGCGCAAGUGGAGGCCACACCAGCACCGUAAGCUCUCUGGUCCUGGUUCUAAGGCCAUAGAAAGCGGCUUGAGGAGGAGGGAUGGCCAUCCUUCAGAGAAGAGCCACAUCAAGUGGUCCUCUCCCUACCUGGAGUGUGAGAAUGGGAAUUACAAACCUGCCUGGCUGGUGACUCUGUCUGCAGCAUUUUAUGGGUUGCAGGCAAACUUCCUUCCUGAAUUCAGGGGUGUUGUAAAAGUGGACAUAAACCUGCAGAAAGUGGACAUUGACCAAUGUUCCAAUGAAGGCUGGUUUUCUGGGACUCACACGUGCCAUUUAAAUAGCACUGAGUGUAUGCCAAUUAAAGGCCUUGGAUUUGUGCUUGGAGCCUACACAUGCAUUUGUAAGGCUGGAUUCUAUAAUCCCAAAAUAUUUUCAGUGAACAGCUUUCACAAAAAGGAUGCAGAGAACCAUUUUUCUGGAGGCGAGCAGUCUGAGGAAGUCUACGCCUGCUUGCCCUGCAGGGAAGGAUGUUCUGACUGCACAGAUGAUGCGCCCUGCUAUGCACAGGAGGACAAGUAUUUGCGGCUUGCCAUCAUCUCCUUCCAAACUCUCUGUAUGCUCUUGGACUUCAUCAGCAUGCUCGUAGUCUACCGAUUUCGCAAAGCAAAGAGCAUCCGGGCAUCAGGACUCAUCCUCUUGGAGACGAUCCUGUUUGGGUCAUUACUUCUUUAUUUCCCGGUUGUCAUUUUGUAUUUUGAGCCAAGUGUAUUUCGUUGUGUUCUUCUAAGAUGGGUGCGUCUUCUAGGAUUUACUACAGUUUAUGGAACUAUUACACUCAAGCUUCACAGGGUUUUGAAGGUUUUCCUCUCUCGAACUGUUCAACGAAUCCCAUACAUGACUGGUGGACGAGUGAUGAAGAUGCUGGCUGUGAUUCUUCUGGUCGUGGUGUGGUUCCUUAUUGGCUGGACUUCUGCCAUCUGCCAAAACCUGGAGAGAAAUAUUUCACUCAUCGGCCAUGGGCAAACAUCAGAUCAUCUGAUCUUCAAUAUGUGCCUGGUAGACCGGUGGGAUUAUAUGAUGGCUAUUGCUGAAUUUUUAUUCCUCUUGUGGGGCGUUUAUCUCUGCUAUGCAGUGCGGACAGUACCUUCGGCGUUUCACGAGCCACGUUAUAUGGCUGUUGCAGUUCACAUUGAGCUCAUUAUCUCGGCUAUAUUCCACACAAUUAGGUUCAGUCUUGCUUCAAGACUUCAGUCUGAUUGGAUGCUGAUGCUGUUCUUUGCGCACUCACACUUGACUGUGACAGUCACCGUUGGGUUACUUCUGAUCCCGAAGUUUUCCCGCUCAAGCAAUAAUCCACGAGAUGAUAUAGCUACUGAAGCCUAUGAGGAUGAGCUCGAUAUGGGGAGAUCUGGAUCCUACCUGAACAGCAGUAUCAAUUCAGCUUGGAGUGAACAUAGUUUGGACCCAGAAGAUAUCAGGGAUGAAUUGAAGAAGCUGUAUGCCCAGCUAGAGAUCUAUAAGAGGAAAAAAAUGAUCAGCAACAAUCCGCACCUUCAGAAAAAAAGGUGCUCCAAAAAGGGCUUGGGUCGGUCAAUCAUGCGAAGGAUUACGGAGAUCCCCGAGACAGUCACCAGGCAGUGCUCUCGAGAGGAGAAGGACCUUCUGGAACAUGGGGUCUCAAAGAACACCCCUGUGACAAAGAAAAACCCACCCGAUUCUAGUGGUCAUGCCAAAAUGAAGGAAGACUCUUUGAGGAACAGAGUCUUCUCAUUAAAAAAAUCUCAUAGCACUUAUGACCAUGUUCGAGACCCAACAGAAGAGUCCAAAAGCUUAACUACAGAAAGUGUGGAAGUCAUAACAGCCACAGAGAAUUCCUUGCUAGAGUCUCUCCCAGGGAAAAAACUGACCAAAAAAGCUGUGGAAAAAGAUGAAGUCACUUCCACAGAAAAUGUCCCCUUGGUGUGUAAAUCAGUGAGCGCUCACAAUUUAAGUGCCGAUAAGAAACCGCUCCACCCAAGAACCUCAGUUUUACAGAAGUCACUCAGUGUUAUUGCCAGUGCCAAGGAGAAAACACUGGGGUUGGCAGGGAAGAUGCAAAGCGAAGAGAGUGGCAAAUUGCACAAGUCUCAAGCAAAGGGCAAAGAGGUGAACAAAAAGCACUCGGCCGCUGAGAAAAAUGACCAGAAAGAUUCACACCGAAAGAACUCUUCCCACAAUGAAGAGUCAAGGAAGCCCCAUAAAUCUGGGAUAAUGAAACAACAAAGGUCUAGUCAGUCAUCUGGAAAUCCCGAUACGGGAGUAAAUAAGUCACUGCCAAAGAACAGUGUCGAUAUAGGAGAAGUGUGUCCUUGGGAAAUCUAUGACCAUAGCCCUGGGACUGGGAGUUCUGAUUGUAAAGUUCAAAAGCAUGUCUCUAUUGCUUCUUCCGAACUGGAGACAACCCAGACAAAGGGCAAAACCCCUCACAAGACUACUGAAGAACAUCAGCUCCUCAAUCAAAAGAGCAUAGAUAGAUGUGAAGUGUGCCCAUGGGAGAGCCCAGGACAGGUGGAAGAAGACCAGAAAAAGCAUCUGAGUCCCAAAGUUCCCCAGGAAGCUCCUGGGAUAAAAGGAGAAUCUAUUAAUAAACACUCUGAAGCCAAUGUUUGUGCUGGAGAACCCAAGGAACUGCCUCAAAAGGCCACAGCACAGACCGCAGAGAAAGAUGUUCUCAAUAAACUGGGAGACCAGACCAAACAUGCAGCUUCCACUCCAGCGGGGAAUGUGCUUCCCUCUGAUUCUCUGGGGUCAUCAACUAGUAACUCACAGAAACCUUUAACUUCUCGUAUGGAAAUCUGUCCUUGGGAGUACGAGGUGCCGGCAUUACCGAAAGCAGAAAGAAGUAUAGCUUUAUCAAAUGCAACUAGUUUAAGCUCAAACAAAAUGGCAACACAUCCCAAAUAAGAGGGGCUUAAAACUGUGAAAGGAGAAGCGUCAGCAGAAGAUAAAAGGGCAGGGAAGAGGGAGAAAAGGGCCUGCAAAUUCCAGGGAACAUCACUUAACAAGGCGAUGGUUACAUGGAAUAUGUGGGAACUGGGCAAAGGAAACUGUCUGUCUGUCUGUCUGUUUCUUUGCUUUGAUCAUUGAGUGCCAACAGUGUUAUCAGUGCAAUCUGGGACAAAAGGAACUAGGGCCCCUCCCCUGCCCCUAAAAAGUUUACAUUCCAAAUAAAUGAAAACAUGCCUUUAGACAUCACUUUAUUUCUAUUUAAUUAUCAUACAGCGUGUAGGGUUGUGGUAAGUACAUUGAAUCAAGUAUAAUUAUCCCGAAUACCCCCACAUUGCCUCAACACUGGCAUGCAUUUAUUAAAUAUCAUAAAAUCUAAUGGAUUGCUCUCAAAGGCCUUGAAUUGGAUGAACAAUGCUGGCAAGAAUUGAAGCAAAUUGAUGCCUCGGAAUGUGCUGAGACAAAUUCUGCAACUUACGGAAACAAAAGCAAUGAUUUUUCAAUUUCCUUCUUCCCCAUCCUUGAUAGCACUGCUAACUUAAUGCACCCCUGAUUAUAUUUUUAUAUGAUCGUUCUCAUUUUUCGUAUAAAUGUAUGUACUAUGUUGUGUCUCAUAUUAAAGCAUUCCAGUUUGUAUAAUGUUUGCAGAUAACUUUGAUAUGAUUAUGUGGCACAACACAUUUAUGCAAUUUGCAGAUAAUCUAAGGUUGCAAUCUUUUACAAAAAUUAUAAUAAUACCUGCUUUUGAUCUUCAUUUAUUUCUAGAACUACUGCAAUCUCUCACUGGCUCAUGAAGCCACAAGAAAACACUUGGAUUUUUUGGUGAUGGUUUAUAUUGUGGGGGGUUUUUGGUUGUUUUACUGUUAUUUCCAAUUAUGAUUUAAUGCUGUAUGAUUCAGGGUUUUUAUACGAGGUACGUUUCUUAUCUUGCACUUGUCCAUUUAUGAUCUUUGCUGUCAAAAGCGGUCGCCUUUGGGAGCUGC